AUGAGCAAAAGUCAUCAUUUCCUCAUCCCGACAGAAAUGGAAGCGCAAUUCGACGCGUUCUUCAUGAACGUCGCUUCGCAGUGCAGCUCGAUCGCGUCGAACGAACACGUUCACGGAAUAAACGCGAUCGAUAUCAUGCACGAAGCAUAUUUCGGGUUUUUGAGAAGGAAAACGGAUUUCUUUUCUCGUUCGAGUUUUACUAACGAAGAGGAAAAAAACAGAGGGAAAACAUCCGUCCUGAAAGCGUUGGAGAAACAACGAGAAGAGGUGGAAAAAUCAAAGACUACUUUCGAACGCGAAAAGGAGGAAACGGAAAAACGCAAACACAAAGAAAUGGUAAAGAAGAAAGAGAGAGAAGAGGAGAUGAGAGAAAAAAUUGCGGAAGAGGAGAGGGAGAGGAAAGAACGCGUGAGAGAGGCGCUGAUGGUGCAGAAGAUGGAAGAGGCGAAGAAGAAAAUCGUCGAGUUGGACGAGGACGGGAACGAAGUGAUUUGUAACGACGAAGAGGAAGAGAAAGACGAGCAACAAAAAGUCGCUCGAGAGAAUACAGAGAAAGUGGAAAAGGAAGAAGAGGAUCCUCACGCGUUGCAACCAGGGACGGUGCACCCGUCUCCGUUGAACGGCGGCGAAGCCGAACAUUACGUGUGGUCGCAAACGUUGCAAGAGGUGGACGUGCGUUUGCCGGUACCGGUUGGCACGCGAGCGAAAGAUAUCGUCUGCGAGUUUACCGCGACGACGUUUAAGUUUGGUUUAAAAUCCGAACCCGCGUUAAGGAUUCCGGAAAAGUCCAAAUUAUGCGAAAGUAUUAAACCGGACGAUUCGUUUUGGACGUUGGAGGACAAUCGCGAAGUCCGAUUAACGCUCACGAAAUCCAACCAAAUGAGUUGGUGGGAAAACGUAAUAAAAGGCGACCCGAGAAUAGACACGAAGAAAGUUGUCCCGGAAAACUCCAACUUGGCCGAUUUAGACGGCGAAACGCGAUCGACCGUGGAAAAAAUGAUGUACGACCAACGGCAAAAAGCCGCCGGGAAACCAACCAGCGACCAAGAAAGCAAGAUGGGUUUGAUGAAAAAGUUCAUGGAGAGCCAUCCGGAGAUGGAUUUCAGCAACUGCAAAUUCGACGACGGCGUCUUACCGGCCGGCGCCUUUAAUGGACAAUGA